GACUCCUAGCGGAACCUUUGGAUUCUGGACUGGUCCUGGACCACGUUUCACGGGUUACCCGCGGGCCCAGCACACUCUUCCUCCACAGUUCGAGGCAGCGAUACUUCUGAAUACCAGUUGCUGGAAACCAGGUGCUGGGUUCGAAUCCUGCUUACAGGUUUCCCACUGGGGCAUUUGUCUAGCGAGAACAGGGAUGCUGGACAAGGAGGGGGCGGUACAGGCCUGAUCCAUCUGGCUCUCUCUCCCUACGUUACUGCAAGGGCAUGUGCAAAACUCCAGCACAGCCUCACCGUGCCAGUAGCGCUGGCAUAUGGGUCAAGCACGCCUUUUGCUCCUGACGACAGGGGUCAUAAUUCCAAGUCUGGGGAGAGGCUGGUGCCGGAGGGAUCCAUGCCCUUUUUUCUCGCCUGCACGCUGCCGUUCUCCCUUCUUACAUAACUUCCCCGGGCAUUUAAGCAACGAGUUCCGAGAAUAAUUAGUUAUUAUCACCGGUAGCCCGAGAGCAGCUCCCAUGCAGCGACGCACACAUCUGUAUUUCUGAUCUGCCUGCGGAAAGCUUUCUCUCCCGGCUGGCGAUGAUUUACACCCGCUUCUUAGCCAAAGCGCAAGCUUGCCUCCGUCUCCGCAGCCUCCUCCUCCGCCAGUGCCUCGCAGAGCUCCUGGGGGUCUUCAUGUUGAUCGUGAUUACUCUGAGCGCAUCUGCGCAAGCCACCACCAGCGAAGGGACGAAGGGUGGCUAUUUUAGCUCAGCCCUAGCAGGUGGAAUUGCUGUGAUGGUAGCCAUCCACGUUUCGGGAGGAGUUUCCGGAGGACACUUAAAUCCAGCCUUUACGCUCACCAUGUGUCUGCUUGGCCAAUGCCCCUGGUGGAAACUGCCCAUCUUCUCUGUCGUUCAGACUAUGGGAGCCUUUUUGGGCGCAGGCACCGUCUACAUGCUUUAUUACGACGCCAUCCACAGCUAUAGCAAUGGGACCCUUGCAGUCACCGGACCCCGUGAAACCGCCUCCAUCUUUGCCACCUACCCAGCUCCCUACCUGUCGCUUGGCAACGGCUUCUUCGACCAGGUCCUGGGCACCGGGGUGCUGAUAUUGAGCAUCCUGGCCAUUAUCGACUCCCGCAACAGGCGCGUCCCACAUGGACUGGAGCCCAUCGCGGUGGGCUUGCUGGUCACCGCUCUCGGCUUGGCAAUGGGAGCCAACUGUAUGUGCGCCAUUAACCCAGCCCGGGACCUGGGCCCACGACUCUUCACCUACCUGGCCGGAUGGGGGCCUCAGGUGUUCAGUGCUGGAAACUACUGGUGCUGGGUUCCGGUCGUGGCUCCGAUGGUGGGGGCCACCAUUGGGACGGCUCUGUAUGAGCUCGGGGUGGAGUUUCACCACCUGCCGUCCCAGGACGAGGAAGAGACCUUGACCGCCAAGAAGCAUCACCCAGGGACGGAAAAGGAUACGGAGAUCUCGAUUUAUGCCGUGAAUAAAUACGCAGAGGAUUGGAGAGGCGGGGGCACAGGCAACCCCCCGGACGGGGGCCACAACAAAUUGGAAACUUCAAGUUCCUUUUAAAAUGGGACAGGCGCUGGAAGAGGCGAGAGACUUAAUCCUUUUGUAUUUAUAUACUAUUGGAUGGAGUUGUUGCUGUUGGUUUUAUGACUGAUGUAGGUCUCUGGGCGUGUGAAUUCCACACAAAAGGGCGGUGUUUGGAAUUCACAAAGGACCGCUUUCCCCCAUAGAUUAAGGUUACCAGACAUCCCCGUUUCCCGGGGACAGUCCCCGGAUUUACAGAUCAGUCACCAUACAAAAUCCAUUGAAUCCCCAGAUUCAUUGAAAAAAAUAUCUGGUAACCUUACCAUAAAUGAACUUUCUCGCUUGCUAAGCUCAUCACCUGAGGUCGUGCGCAGAAUGACUCCCACCUUUGGGGAUUACACAAUGGCAGCAACCAGAGACGGGGCCUUUUUUGUGGUGGCACCACUGUGGAACGACCACUCUUGAAGUAUUUGCUCAGUGCCGACUCUUUUUAUCGUAUGGGGGGAGGAAAGCUCUAUCCUACAGGGCAGGGGCUGUCGUGGUUUCACCCUAAAGAAUUCUGGGAACUGUAGUUCAAUUCCCUUCCCAGAGCAGCAGUUGACAGAGAGGUUCAGCAAUCCAUCCAUCUUUGCAGUGAACUCUGGGAAUUGUAGCUCCGUGAGGGGAGUCUCCAAACAACGCUCAGCAACCAGAGCAAACUACAGCUCCCAGAAUUAUUUGGGGGGAAGCCAUGACUGUUUUAAGCGGUAUCGUAGCGCUUUAAAUGUGUUUUGUGAAUAUGGCCUUAAUAUGCAGCGUUGCCUUUGUGGAACGCGACAGGAAGGAGGACGGGGACGGAACUAGAAUGAGUUGACUUAGCCACUCCUUGGCUCUGGCGCCACCUGCUGUUGGGUUCCCUGCUUCCGCCCCACUAGCCCCCAAUGAGCACCAGCCACCAUUGGCUGGGGAAAGCUGCCAAUCACCACAGACCAAGAGGAAGUUGCUGCCUUCCUCCUAUUACCAUCAGCCCUAGCCAAUAGGACCGAUGGUCAGGGAUGAUGGGAGUUGUAGUCCAGCAGUGUCCGAAGGGACGCAGGUUCCCCCCAUUCCUGAGGCUAGACAAUAGUGAGCUACAUGGAGCAAUGGUUUGCCUUGGCAAAAUGCAACUUACUUGACCUAAUGCUGCUAUGAUGACUUGUGUUCUUUGUGUGUGUGUGUGUGUGUGUGUUCUGUUAAUUUUAUUCGAUGUUUUCUUGCUGCUGUUCUGAUGGAUGAAUUGUUUAAAUGCUUUUUAUCGAUCGCUGUAUUGUAACGAGAUGAAAGGAUGAAAUAAAAUGAAAAAUGGUUUCUAAAAUACGUAGGGUGCUGGGAAAAGCCCUCUAACACAGAGGUGGG